AUGAACCAUCACCCUCCACCUCCACACAUGGGACAGGUCAGGCCUCCCAUAACCAACCCUGGUGGCCUGACUCUCAUCAACCGGGUCCAGACCGCGAUGAGAAACAUCACAAUCGAGUGCAUCAUCCUCGAACAACUCGAAUUCAAGCCAAGGAUGGACAGCAUGGCUAUCGCAACAUACAGAGUCGCAGACGAGACAGGAUCUAUCCUCAUGAUUGUCAAACUCGACCCCUCCGACCAGUUCAAGGCCGGCGAUAUUGUUCGAUUCCAAGACUGCGAGGUCAAGUCUCCAGGAAACCGGAUGAACAUCCAGAUUAACGCGACCAGAGGCAACAACAGAUUCAAGCGGAUAGGAUGCGACACAAAGAUUUUCCAUGAGAUCCCUUACUGGACGGAAAGCGAGUGGUACUGGGACCAACAACUCCAACACAUGGUGGUGAGCAUCCCUGGCCAGCCAAUCCCAAUGCAAGGAGGACCUGGAGGACUCGGAGCACCCGGCAUGCAGCCACAGAGGAUGCAGGGCAACAACAUGCCAGCCAUCAACCCUGCCUUCCAGAACAACCAGAGGCCAGGACCAGGACCAAUGCAUGGACCUAGACCUCCAUUCCAAGGAGGCAAUCAGCAUGGGCAUGCUCCUCCAGGACCAGGAAUGGGACCAGGAGGACCAGGUAUGGGACCAGGAGGACCAGGUAUGGGACCAAAUGGCCCUGGAAUGGGCAAGGGGGUACCAGGUAUGGGACUAAAUGGCCCUGGGAUGAGUAAAGGGGGGCCAGGUAUGAGACAAGGUGGGCCAGGGAUGGGACCUGGCGGACCCGGGAUGGGGCCAGGGAUGGGUCCAGGAAUGGGACCUGGUAUGGGACCUGGUAUGGGACCUGGUAUGGGACCCAAUAUGGCACCCAUGCCCCGGCCUGGACCACAUGGCAAUGGUUAUCGUCCAGGUCACCAAGGACCUCCUCACUCAAAUGGUCAUCAGAGUCCCCUUCCUCCUCCACACCAGGGUCCACCCCACCACGGCGGCCGUCUCUCAGGGAACAUGAACAGUAACAACAAUAACAAUAAUAACGGCAACAACAGCAAUAACGGCAAUAUCAGCAGCAUGAACAACAACAACAACAACAACAACAACAACAACAACAACAACAACAGCAAUGGUGGCGGGCAAGUGAGUGCACAUCCAUCUCUUCCUCCACCUCCUUCGAAUCGCAAAUUUAAGAAGGCCAAGAUUCAUCGGGACUUGGACGCACCGGACGCCUACCCCAGCCCUCGGUCGGGACUGGCAAGCAGUGAGAACGAGUUUGCUCGGGACAUCAAGAUUAUUGCACAGGGAGGCGUUGGAUUGGGCGUGGAUGGCGCUGGAAAGAACAAGAAGAGACUGUAA